CAAUCUCAAUCAUUUUUGUCUUGGCAAUAAAGUGGGGUACCUGCUGUGGUUCCUGAUUUACAUUAUUUUGUAUCAUUGGCUUAUCUUUUUGUUAUUUCAAAUUGUAACCCUGCCUUUGCGUAUUCACUUUUUUGCAGUCAGGACUGCCACUUCACGACACGAAAGGCUCAUACAAUCAAGACACAGUCGUUCAUACUGCCACAUUCAACGAUGAAGAACGCAAUCAAGCACCAAAGAAUGGUUUACCCAACCUAGCAGAAGAGCAAUUACGACAAGCAGCUUUAUCAAAUGGCAUCAAUGAAAAGAAGUUGAUGCGAAAAGUAGACUUUCGAUUGGUUCCUUGGUUGAGUGUUUUGUACUUGUUGAGCUUCUUGGACAGAAGUGCGAUCGGAAAUGCUCGUCUUUAUGGAUUAGAACAGGAAUUAGGCAUGUUGGGUACAAACAAAUUUGGAAUUGCAAGUGCAGUUUUCUUCUUUCCUUAUGCAUUAUUCGAAGUACCGUCAAAUAUCCUUUUGAAAAGGCUUAGACCUUCAGUAUGGUUCCCAAUUAUCACUUGUUUAGUCGGAAUUUGCAUGUUGUCUCAAGGUGUAGUUUCUUCCUAUCAUGGUCUUUUGGUAGCACGUUUCUUCUUGGGUGUAACGGAAGCUGGAUUGUUUCCUGGUGCAAACUUUCUUUUAUCUGGAUGGUAUCGUCGUUCCGAAUUCGGUUUAAGAGCAAGUCUUUUCUUCAGUGCUGCAACGGUCAGUGGUGCAUUUGGUGGUUUAUUAAGUGCUGCGAUUCAUAAUAUGGACGGAGUAGGAGGUUAUUCGGGAUGGCGAUGGAUUUUUAUUAUAAUUGGUUUGGCAACAUUUUGUAUUGGUAUUCUUUCGAUUUGGUUAUGUGAAGAUUUCCCGGAUACGGCAAAAUUUUUAAACGAAGAAGAAAGAAGUUUUAUCAUUCAAAGAUUACAAACUGAUCAAAAAUAUUCGGCUGCAGGUGAAAAGUUCACCAUGAAUUCGUUUUGGAAAGCCAUUUUCGAUUGGAAAACGUGGGCCGGAAUGCUUAUCUAUAUGGGCGUUGAUGGUCCACUUUAUGCAUUUUCAAUCUUUACGCCUUCUAUCGUGAAGGCUUUAGGAUAUUCUUCAACAAGAGCAAAUUUGAUCUCCGUUCCAAUCUACGCUUUCGCUUGUAUUUGUACGGUGGUUGUAGGAUUCUACUGUGAUAGAAAAGGACAUCGUGCAUUAGUCAAUAUGGCAAUGAUUUCGAUCGGAAUAACGGGAUAUGUUAUUUUGGCAGCAAGUAGAGUUCCGGGUUUAUCGUAUUUUGCGAUCUACCUAGCCGCUGCUGGAAUUUAUCCUUGUAUUCCAAAUACGAUUGCUUUAACGUCUGCAAGUAUUGAAGGAACAUACAAACGAUCUGUUGUAAUGGCAUGGAUUAUUUCAUUCGGAAACAUUAAUGGUGCAGCAACUACAAAUGUUUAUUUGCCUAAAGAUGCUCCUUGGUAUCCAAUGGGUCACGGUAUCAUUAUCAUGUAUUUGGCUAUCGGUUGGAUUGCAACUGCAGUCUAUUUGUUCGGUUUACGAAGAGCAAACAAACGACGUGCACAAGGAUUAUGUGAUGAAACAAUCUUGCAAGAUGAUGAACAAGUUUUAUCACAUCGUCAAGAUUCUCCAACCGAAUCUAGAUCCGAUGCAGAAGGUACAAAUACAGCAGUAAACGCACUUUCAACUGCAGCUGCAGCAAAUAGUACUUCGAUCGAACAAAAUAUUGAUCCUCUUUUGUUCCAACAAGCUCAAGAUGCACGAGAAGAACAAAUGCAAAAAGAACGUCAAUCAGGAUUAUUUGGAAAAUUCAACGCUUUACGACGCAGAUUUGGCGAAAUGGAAGGUGGAACAUAUGCUACCGGAUCUGAAGCAAGAGCUCACAAAGGUGACGCUUACAGUAAAUUUGUAUACUCAUACUAGACUUCACAAUUCUCUCUUUCUCUCUGUUCUCUCUUCGCAUCUGC